CGAUUGUUGUUUCUCCUCCAUACCGAUUUUUGGGAUUACUUGUGGUGCCUGAUUGACGGCAGGCAUAAUUCAGUGUCUUCACUUAGCUUCUCCCUGCGAGAAAUCUCGCCACUUCACCUGUAUUCGCUUUUCCGGGCCUGAUAAAGUUCCCCGCAAUGGAGUCCGAGGCUUUUGAGGAUAUGCAAAAAGGCGGCGGAAGCCUUCGUGCUGUCAAAGAUUUGACUGCUGGUGCUGCUGGCGGUAUCGCGCAGGUGCUUAUUGGUCAGCCAUUCGAUAUCGUCAAGGUGCGCCUGCAAACCACCACGCAGUACGCCAGUGCGCUUGAUUGCGCGACCAAGAUUCUGAAGAACGAGGGUCCACUGGCCUUCUACAAGGGUACCCUGACUCCUUUGAUCGGUAUUGGAGCCUGUGUCAGUGUGCAAUUCGGUGCCUUCCACGAAGCGCGGCGUCGGCUUGAGGCCCUCAACAAGAAGAAAUACGCCGACUCCACGCUCUCCUACACCCAAUACUAUCUCGCCGGCGGGUUCGCCGGCAUCACCAACUCCUUCCUGUCCGGCCCCAUCGAGCACAUCCGUAUCCGCCUGCAGACGCAACCCCACGGCGCCAACAAGCUCUACAACGGGCCCAUCGACUGCAUCCGCAAGCUCUGCAACCAAGGCGGCGUCCUGAAGGGCCUCUACCGCGGCCAGAACGUCACCUACCUCCGCGAGAUCCAGGCCUACGGCACCUGGUUCCUGGCCUUCGAGUACAUGAUGAACCAGGACGCCAAGCGCAACAACAUCAAGCGCGAGGAUAUUUCGAGUUUCAAGGUCGCCACCUACGGCGGUCUCGCCGGUGAGGCGCUCUGGCUGAGCAGCUACCCGCUCGACGUCGUCAAGAGCAAGAUGCAGUGCGAUGGCUUCGGCGCUCAGCAACAGUUUAAGAGCAUGACCGACUGCUUCCGCAAGACCUUCGCCGCCGAGGGCUUGGCUGGCUUCUGGAAGGGCAUCGGUCCGACCCUGCUGAGGGCGAUGCCGGUCUCCGCGGGUACUUUUGCUGUUGUCGAGCUCACGAUGAGAGCUUUGGGAUGAGGUAGCUAGUAGUCGAAAGCUAGAAGAAAAAAACCUCUUUCAAUUGAAUACCCGGCAUCCUGCUAUCAUCUUUUUUUUUCUUUUCUGAUAUUCCAUUAUCACUUUUAUUCCUAUCGAAUGGAUAGCGAAAGGGAGGCAAAAGUGGGCAUUUAGACUGGAUUUUGGUACCGCCAUCUAGAGUUUCAUUUGGACUUCUUAUAUAUACACUGGGUAAAUUGACAACCUAGGUCCAACGCACGCACGUUUAUCCUAUGAAUCAAUACAAAUAGCUGUG